UUGGAAGAAGGGAAUAUCAUAGAAGAAGGAGAAAUUUGUGAAAUUGCUGAGAAACAUAGGGAUGGGAUUUCUGCUCCGGACCCAUCCGUGAAGCUCUCGACGGAAAAUAUGAACACGGCCAUUGCCGUCGCCGAACCGGGUAAGUCACUGUACAUCGUCGCCGAAACGGGUCGGUCUGAUUCAGUCAUUGGCCCGCAAGGAAAACGAGACCAAACAGUCGGAACUAAUGAACAGAAGGGUCUCGUCACGUCGUGCCCCCAGCCGGUGGAUUUUGCUUCGCCGGAGACAAUAUCCGCUGCCGCUCGCUCGCCAAGAUUAAUUCCCCAAAGUGUAAAUGACGGCGAAUUUUUAGGGUACGGGUAUAAGCAGCCAUGUGAUAAAAAUUUGGGUCACCUUGUUGAUUUGGGCCAAAAUAAUAUACCCCCUCUUAAGCCCACUUUGGUUCCCACUUCAGCCCCCUCUAAUCCAAAUCAAAUCUCCACACAGCCCGCUCAAACUCCUCAGCAGGCUCCUCAACCCGUCAAACCAAAUACCAUACCCAUUAUCCCACAGCCCACUCCUCAGCCCAUCGACCCCGCAGCUGCCAACUUCACAGCGACUUCUCAUCCCGUCGCACAACCGCAGGCCACCCUCUCCGGUCCCGCCCAGCCGAUAGCCUCCGUGCAUCCCGCAGCCGGACCUAGCGCCGGCGCCGGCGACUUCGCCGGAAAGUCCAAAUCCGCCGGCAACAACUCCGGGAAUAUCCGUACGAAUUUUGUAGGAAUUCUAGGUCCCCGGCCAAGCACUCUUCCCCCGCCCAACCAACUCGCCGGAGCUGCUACCCUUGCGGCUGGAAUUUCUGAACCGGACGUCAUGAAUAUGAGAGAAGACGUAGCGGCGGAGACGCAGAUUCAAAGGCGGAUGACGGAGGUCGGCCUGUGGGAUGGUGGUGCUGCGGCCGUCCUGCUCGGUGAUGCGGGCAAUGAUGGCUGCGCAUGGGCCGAGGGCCGGCGAUGGUUGUACCUGUACGUAAUGUGUGUGUAA